GCUGGGAGGGAAGCUCCUGCUGCAGCUGCUCCUGGAACCGGCUUCCUCCCUCGGCUUUCUGAAGCCUCGUGGGAAACAGGCCUCUUCUCCUUGGAUUGAAAGGGGCCUGGAAACGUUGGAAGGACCUCUGGAGACUAUUCUGACGGGCCGCUUUAAUCGGACAAUUAGCUCCCUCCAUUUUGGAUUUGCCUCGUGGCUCUUUGAGGCCUAGUCCAUAUUUAGAAUGGCUGACUCUGCCUCUCAUCAAUCACGCAAGAGAGGCCUUUCUUCAAAGGAAUCUCCUGAGUCAUCUCAUUCCUCUAAGAGGUCCAAGUCCUCUAGACAUCAAACCUCUAAAUCAAGGCAAUCUGUUCCAGCCCAGGAUAAGGAUGCCCUCAAACGCCAUAAGGCCAUUGAGAAGGCCAUUGAAAAGGCUGUGCGACUUUCUGCCCUUCAGGAGGCCUCCCCUCAGCAGACCAUUUCUGUUGCCACAGCCCAGCCAUCCACUUCUGCCAUUCAAAGUCCUGGGGUCCCCAUCACUGAGCAAGAUGCCCCUUUAUCGCUUUCUCCUGAUAGAGAAUCUCUCUCUUUGGCUAAAGCAGGAGGGAUUAAUGAGAGACUUUUUGGCAUGGCCCCACAGGAGGUUUCCUCUGAUAUUCCAUCUCAGCUACCCCUUCCUCAGCAAGGUAUUUCUGUAGGGGGGGAGGAAACAGCAGAUCCCAGGGGUUCUAAAAAAGAACCAAUUAUUGCUCCUGAAAUUGCCAACAUGAUUGAAGCAGCAAUUCAAAAGAGUCUAGCUACAGAAUGGCAGCGUAGAACAGAGACCUGGGUGUCACAGUGUAAUAGUGCAUCAGAAUGCCAGUCUCAAUUGACUUUGGACCAGGCCCGUUCAGGGGCUCAAGUUCUCACUGGGGCUCCUCCUAGCCAGGCCUCUUCUGGAGUAGAGGAUGUAAGGGAUUUAGAUUUAUCUGAGGAUGAGGACCUUUCUCCAGACCAACCUUCGUUCGUAGGUCUCUUUAAGCCUCAGCUGUUUAGGUCUCUCUUGCAUAAGGCCAGGGUUUCCACUGGCCUUGCUGCACCAGUUACCUCUGAUUCUGUUUCCAAGCCUAGUCAGUCUUCCAUUCCUCUAUUUGAGGAACCAGCUCUGGAACCUGAGGAGAUCCCAGGCCCCAGGCUUUUCCAGGAUGUUCUUAUACGCCAAUGGAAUGUUCCUGCCUCGGGGCCCAACCCUUCAGCACUAGAUAGAAGAUUAUUCAAUUUGGCCCCCGAGGUUUCUAAAUUGCUUCAGAUCCCUGUGGUAGAUUCCCCUGUAGCAGCAUUAGUUUCCCCUUCAGUCACGGCUGGACCUCCGGAAGAGAACCUUAAGCCAGAGGAUAAACGUUCCGAAUAUUCCUUAGUUAAAACUCACCAAGCGGUUGCUUGGUCUGUCAAGUCAUCUUUGGCAGCCUCCUUUUUCAAUAGGGCUGCCCUUCUUUGGAUCAAACAAUUACAGGAGCGUUUACCAUCUUCUGAUGUCCGCUCUCAUCAGGACAUCAAUAAAAUUGUGGCUUCCUUAGAGUACUCAGCUGACUCUACUAUGCAUGCCUCCUGUUUUGCAGCCAAGGCCAUAGGGUCCACGGUGGCUUCACGCCGCCUAUUAUGGCUCCGUCAUUGGCAGGCAGAUGCUAAGAAUAAAUGGCGUUUAGCCUCUGCUCCUUUUCAAGGGGAUAAGCUUUUUGGUAACUCUCUGGAACCUUUACUCAUUGAGACUAAGGAUAAGCGUAGGGUUCUUCCCUCUCUCUCUCGCAGAUCUGAGUUCCGUCCUUCAGCUAGCUCUUCCUUUCGUUCCUUUCGAGGUUCAGGUCAGGGACCUUCAGGUAACAGACCCCAGCGUUAUUUCCCCUCCCGUCAGGGUAGGUCACAGGAUAGGUCAGGUAACCCUAGUCAGAGGGGUCCUUCCAAGCGUCCCUUUCGAGGGGGAAGGGGUCGCCCAUUCCAUAGAUACCGCUGACAAAUCCGUGGAUCUUCCCAUUGGGGGCCGCCUGGCUUUCUUUGCCAGCCAGUGGGAGAUCUCAACCACGGACUCCUGGGUGAGGGAGACGGUCCGGCUGGGCCUCUCUCUGGAAUUUCUUUCCACCCCUCCGUCUCGAUUUCUCCGAUGCCCCCUCCCACGGGAUCGGGCAAAGCGGCUCCUGCUGGAAUCGGCUAUCGAUCACCUCUUGGAAAUUCGAGCAAUUCAGCCGGUUCCCCAGGACCAGCAGGGGCAGGGGUUUUACUCUCGCCUUUUCUUGGUACAGAAAUCUUCGGGGGGGUGGAGAGCGAUUCUGGAUUUAAAAUCCCUGAACCGUCGUGUAGUUUAUCGGCGGUUCAAGAUGCACUCUCUCCAGUCCAUACUGGAGGGCCUGCGCCAAGGGGAUUUCCUUACCUCAAUAGAUUUGACGGAAGCGUAUCUCCAUGUCCCCAUUCACCCAGCCUAUCAGAAAUACCUAAGGUUUUGUCAUGCGAGUCGGCACUACCAGUAUCGGGCUCUCCCAUUCGGCCUUGCCUCGGCUCCUCGAGUAUUCACCAAAAUAAUGGCUGCUCUGGCAGGUCAUCUUCGGACCUUGCCAAUCAGAAUUCAGUGCUAUCUAGACGAUCUCCUUAUUCAAUCCAGGUCAGUACAUCUAGCCCUACUGGAUCUGUCUAUGACCCUUCGGGUCUUAAGGAGCCACGGGUUUUCCAUCAAUACAGGAAAGAGCCAUUUGGUACCGACGACUCGCAUCCAACACCUGGGGGCAGUCAUAGACACAUCCAUCACCACAGUAUUUCUGUCUCAGGAACGCCUGACCAGUUUGCGGUCACUGGUCAAGUCAGUCACGUCAGGGGACCCUGUUCCUCUGAGGUCUUUAUCCCAGCUUCUGGGGAAGAUGGUAUCUUGCAUAGGGAUAGUCCCUUGGGCACGCCUUCACUGCAGGCCCCUGCAGUGGUUUCUUCUCCCGUUCCAAAGGAAGCUGCAGGGAGCCUCCCUUCGCAGAGUAGUUCUCCCCACCAAGGUUCGGAGGUCUCUUCGUUGGUGGAUUUCUCCAGCAGUGAACAAGGGCACGGUCUUCAGAGAACCAGAUCGUCUGGUCUUGACCACAGACGCAAGCCUUUAUGGCUGGGGGGCUCACCUAGAGUCAGAAAUGGCUCAGGGCAAAUGGACCCCUCACGAUCUAUCUCACAAUAUCAAUUGGCUGGAACUGAGAGCCAUCCACCUGGCAUUACGGGUCUUUCAGGACAGAGUUCAGGGUCACGACAUUCUCAUAAGAACAGACAACAUGGCUGCAAAGGCCCAUGUCAAUCGCUUCGGAGGGACCCACUCUCGGCUCUUGAUGAGGGAGGCGGAGAGCUUGGGCCUUUGGGUGGAACGGCACCUCAGAUCGAUAAAGGCAACUCACAUCUCAGGGGUGGCGAAUGUCCAGGCAGACAAGCUAAGUCGAACCACACUGGACCAGGGGGAAUGGAGCAUUCACCUGGAUUUGUUCAAGGAAUUGUCGAACCGAUUUGGCUCUCCAGAAGUCGAUCUUUUUGUCACACGGGCCAAUGCCCAGACAGCGAGGUUUUUCAGCAGGUUUCCUUCUCCAGGGGCCGAAGGUGUGGAUGCUCUAUGCAGCAGUUGGCCUCCCGGCCUUCUAUACGCUUCCCCCCCCUCCUUAAUUGCCAAAGUAGUCAGGAAACUAUUGGAGGAGCAAGCGGAAAUCAUCUUGAUAGCACCUCAUUGGCCUCGUCGGCCCUGGUUUGCGGAUCUUCAAGCCCUAUCAGUCCAACCUCCCUGGAGGAUUCCGCCUCACAAGGUGGUUCUGACUCAGGGAUCCCUGAUACAACCGUCAGCAAGCUGGCUUCAGCUAACCGCUUGGCGGUUGUCAGGCGCCUCCUGAGGGAAGUAGACGUAUCUCCUCGCAUCAUCAGGACAUUACAGUCAGCUAGACGAGCUUCCACGAACAGAAUAUACGAUGCCACUUGGGCUAGGUUCGCUUCUUGGUGCUCCAAGAGGAACUUGGCUCCCACUGAGGCUUCCACCUCUCGUAUUUUGGACUUUCUCCAGGACGGUUUAGAUGCGGGUCUCUCCCCUAACACCUUACGUAGGCAGGUAGCCCUGGCCUCCAUCAGGGUUUGCAGGGCUCGAGGUUCCCUUUCCCAAGUCCCUCUCAUUUGGGAAUUUUUACGGGCUGCUUCCAAUCUCAGACCUCCCACCUUACACCGCUACCCUUCAUGGGACCUUUCUAGGGUUCUUAAUGCCCUCACCAAACCCCCCUUUGAACCUUUACGGGAGGUGGGCCUGAAAUUCCUAACGUAUAAGGUAGUCUUUUUGGUAGCGAUUACGUCCGCCCAUCGGAUUUCAGAGCUAGCAGCCCUUUCUUCUAGACCGGACCUUUGUGUUUUCCACACGGACAGAGUAGUCCUUAGAUUAGAUCCCACAUUUGUCCCCAAGAUCAACACUCCCUUUCAUAGGGCUCAGGAGUUGGUCCUUCCUAAUUUCUGUCCCAACCCGUCUCAUGCCCUAGAACGUUCCUGGCACACCCUUGAUGUUUGCAGGGCUCUCCAGAUAUACCUUAAGCGAACUUCUCCCAUUCGGAGAUCGGAGGCUCGUUUUGUUUCCUUUCAACCAAUCUCUUUAGGUCAGAAGGUUUCCUCACCCACUUUAGGGAGAUGGCUUAGGGCAUCUAUUGCCACAGCCUAUUCCUCUCAAGCCCUUCCCAUUCCUCGCCACAUCACAGCCCAUUCAACCCGUAGCGCCUCUACCUCUGCUGCCUGGGCUACGUAGGCAUCCUUAGAGGAGGUCUGCAGGGCUGCCACAUGGUCUUCUCCUUCACCAUUCAUUAGACACUAUAAGGUGGACAGGUUUGCAUCAGCCGAUGCUGCCUUUGGUCGUAGGGUCCUCCAGAGGGUUAUUCCACUCCCGGGACCGUCGGACUCAGUUUCUCAUCCCUCCCUAUAGGGUAGCAGCUUUGGCAUGUCCCCAAUCUGACUGCUGUCCCAGCAAUCGAAGAGAAAGGGCGUUGGUUUACCUGAACGCAUCUUCUGUCGAUUGCAGGGACAGCAGUCAGCCCCACCCUGUCAUUUAUUCUUGG